AUGAGGAACAAUUCAACGGAUUCUUUUUAUGUGGUUGAUAAAUGUGAUGACAAUGAAAUAGAAUCAAUUGAAAUGGUCGAACAAAUUUUUGGAUUUAUAAAUGCGGUUAUGCCGAUUAUGGCAAUUCUUGCACUUAUUAUAAAUCUCAAUUUUCUUGUUGCUGUUAUUUAUGGAGUUAGAAGAGGGAGACUUCCGUUGAAACGAUAUGUAAUGACUAUUAAUCGCAGGUAGGCUUAGAGUUUGUGAAAAAAGAGUGGGAGGUCUGAAAUUCAAAAAAGUUCACCGGAGAAUUUGAAAAAUCAGGCUGGCUCAAAAAAUUGCGGAAAUUGUAAGAAGUUUGAACUGAUUGGUGACUUGACCCAAUUUUCUAAAGAUUUUCAGAUCUUUAAAAUAAGCAAAGUUUUUCAAAACUUAUUUUUUAAUUUUCGGUUUCCGUUUUCAGCUUAGCUGAUAUGAUGACGAUUUGUAUUGCUGGAACUCGAUAUAUCACCGAAUAUUUGUGAGUUUCAAAAUUAAAUCAACUUUGUCCAUCUCAAACCAUUUUUUUCCAGCACAAGAUGUAACAAUGCUCAUUAUUGUGCACCAAUCGAUAAUACAUGGUUCAGCAAUUUAAUGCAAACCACAUUUAUUCUGAAUUAUUGGAGUGUGUCUUUGUCAUAUACUGGAAUUGCAUUUUUGACAUAUUAUGCUGUUCGAUCACCAUUACAAUAUAAGGUAAAAAUAAUUAAUUAGUUAAGUAAAAAUAUGCAACUUAAUAGGGGGCUACAAAAAAUUAUAGCAUUGUUUGUGACCUUUUAUUUAUUCGCAAUUUUGUUCGUUUCAUUUUCAAUCGUACUUUGUCUUUUUGCUGUCUUCUCUAAUUAGAGUGUCUACAAAAAAAGAAACAACAACUGAAAAAAGAGAUAAUCUGAGUGAGAUUCGGAAAAAAACGAAGAAGAAAGUGCAUUUUCAAUUAGUAGAAGAACGGGGAACGAAAGAACUAAAAGUAGGGAGAAAAAUCUGAGAUGAACCAAUAAAAAACAAGAUUUUUGAACAAGUAAAUAGUAGAAGUAGAGAUUAAAGAAUUGUGAAUUGAACCCAAGUUUCAAAAUCAUGGGCGAGGCAGUUCGGAAUAGACGUUCAUAAUACAGCUACAUUUCUCUCCUUAUUCCAGGUUCGAUUAACAUCUUCAAAAGUAAUUCGAAUAAUUUUGUUCUCCUGGUUAUCAAUGAUAUUUUUAUUAUUCACAUCAGUUUUUCUAUUCCAAGAUGGAAAACUAAACUAUAAUGGAAAUAGUGUUAUUCAUUUAUUUUUCGAUGAUUUCUCAAAAAAUGAUCAUAUCGGAAUUUGGCUUGUCGAUUUAUGUGUUCAAAUCGAAAAUCAUUCAUCAUAUAAAAGUGCAAUGGUAACAAUGAUUCCCCCUUUGAUAUUUUAUAUAAUAUCAAUUGGUUGUUAUUGUUUGAUUUCUCAAGAAUUGUUUUAUCGAAGAACAACAAAUAUUUAUAAAAGACAUCGUUCAGCUGUUUGGAGAUUAGGAACUCAUUUGUUAUUAUUUUCAGUUGCAUGUUUUCUAACUGCAACUGCUUAUUAUGGAAGUAUUCCGAUCAGCAAUUUUUGUGAUCCGAAUUCGAAGGAUGAAGAAAGAUAUUUAUGUAUGGGUCCAGUUGUUAGUUAUACAAUGUAUACGGCAGCUGCUGUUAUUGGAUGGUUUGCAAGAAUGACUGUUGAUGGAUUUAUUGAUACUGUAAGUUGAAUGACUGAGAUGAAAUAGAGAGGAGGAAAAGGAUUUCAGUACGUUGAUGGAGUUUUGAGACAAUCAUUCUUCCAAGCAUUUCGACCGGUUCAAUCAAAUUUCACUGUCACAACUGCCGAUGUAAGUUUGUGAGGGUUCCCGGGGUUAUAGAUCCCGGGAAAAUCAAGGUUUCAUCCAAAAAUCAAAAAAAUUCCAGGGGAACAUAUUUGACAAAAACCAAAGAUGUUGAUCAAAAGAAAAUUAUUUUAGGUCCAAAAUUAAGGUUUUUGCAAAACACUUUUUUUUCAAAUUUGGAAUUAAAUUUUUUCUGAAAAAUUUAGAAAAGCCUGCUAUAUUUUUUCCCAAAAGAAAAAUUCAUCAAAACCAUUUUUCAGACACGUCAUCCUUUGGAGGUUCGUCCAUCUCAUUAUUUCUGUCGCAUGUCAGCUGUUUCAUUGUAGUUGAUCUAAUUAUUUUGCAUGCCCUUUCCUUCCAAGUUAGCAUACAAUUUUUUCCCAAAAUAUCCUAUGUUUUUAAUUUUCCAAUUUUUCGCAGAUUUCAACUCACAAAGUUUCAACAACGAGUAAUAUGAUUCCAAUGGCACAUGUAAAACGAGAAUUUUUAUGA